GGGAUCUGCGUCAUCAACAUGCGACCGGGGUUUCGGCGCACCGGCAAAAUGAUCCAUGAGCUGCUGCUGGCUCUGAGUGGAUAUCCAGGGACAAUAUUCACCUGGAAUAAACGGAAUGGAUUGCAGGUGUCCCAGGACCUUCCGUUCCUCCACCCCAGUGAGACCAGUGUCCUCAAUCGGCUCUGUAAAAUGGGCACUGACUAUGUGCGCUUCACAGAAUUCAUAGAGCAGCACACGGGUCAUGUCCACCAACAGGAGCAUUACUCCAGCCAGCCGAGUCAGUCUGGGCUUCAUGGCAUUUACCUGCGGGCGUUCUGCACUGGGCUCAACUCCAUGCUGCAGCCCUAUCGGCACGCUUUACUGGACCUCGAAAAAGAGUUUUUAGGUGAUCCACACCUCUCCAUUUCUCACGUAAACUACAUGCUGGAACAGUUUCAGCUUCUCUUCCCCUCUGUGAUGGUUGUUGUGGAGACCAUCAAGUCUCAGAAGAUUCAUGGCUGCCAGAUCCUAGAGACUGUGUACAAGCACAGCUGUGGAGGACUGCCUCCUGUCAGGAUGGCCUUAGAGAAGAUUCUUGCAGUGUGUCAUGGCGUGAUGUAUAAGCAGCUGGCUGCGUGGAUGCUGCACGGGUUGCUGCUGGAUCAGAGUGAGGAGUUCUUUGUCAAGCAGGGCCCCAGCGCAGGCGGAGCCACAGCUGCACAGGAGGAAGAGGAGGAGGACCUGGGUAUCGGAGGGCUGAGUGGAAAACAGCUCCGUGAGCUGCAGGAUUUGAGACUGAUCGAGGAAGAGAACAUGCUCGCACCAUCCCUGCAGCAGUUCUCCUUGCGUGUGGAGAUGCUUCCCUCAUACAUUCCUGUUCGAGUAGCCGAAAAAAUCUUAUUUGUUGGGGAGUCGGUACAAAUGUUUGAAAAUCACAACCAGAGCCCAUCCCGAGCUGGGUCUAUACUGAAGCACCAGGAGGAUCAAGGAAAAAAUGAGCGUGUUUUCAUGAGAUUCACCCAAUCUAACAGCACUAGCAGGUGUCUAGAUGCAGUUGUGUUUGUCUUUUUUCUGCAGCACUUAUGGACUUUGAUGGUUGAAGAAUCCGAUCUUUUGGGCCAGCUGAAGAUCGUAAAGGACUUCUACUUGUUGGGGCGAGGUGAACUGUACCAGGUCUUCAUUGACCUUGCUCAGCAUAUGCUGAAAACCCCACCAUCUGCCGUUACUGAACAUGAUGUCAAUGUGGCAUUUCAGCAAGCGGCUCAUAAAGUGCUGCUAGACGAUGACAAUCUUUUGCCCCUCCUGCAUCUCACCAUAGACUACCAAGGGAAAGAAUGCAAAGAGGCUUCUGGGAAUCGAGAGGGCACCACUCCUCCACAGGAGACUUCUCCUCGUGAGGCUCCACCUACUGGCUGGGCAGCGCUGGGAUUGGCUUACAAGGUUCAGUGGCCCCUACAUAUUCUUUUCACUCCUGCUGUGUUGGAGAAGUACAACGUAGUGUUCCGUUACCUGCUGAGUGUGCGUCGAGUCCAGUCUGAGCUGCAGCACUGCUGGGCCUUGCAGAUGCAGCGCAAGCAUCUUAAAUCAAACCAGAUGGAUGCCGUUAAAUGGAGACUCCGCAACCACAUGGCCUUCCUAGUGGACAACCUUCAGUAUUACCUUCAGGUGGACGUUCUAGAGUCCCAGUUUUCACAGCUCUUACAACAGAUCAACGCCACACGAGACUUUGAGAGCAUUCGAUUGGCCCAUGACCAUUUCCUCAGCAAUCUCCUUGCACAAUCUUUCAUUCUGCUCAAGCCUGUGUUCCACUGUUUGAAUGAGAUUCUGGACCUCUGUCACAACUUUUGUUCCCUGGUCAGUCAGAAUCUUGGGCCUCUGGAUGAAAGAGGAGCUGCGCAGCUGGAUAUUCUUGUGAAGGGGUUUAGUCGUCAGUCAUUCCUGCUCUUCAAGAUUCUUUCCAGUGUACGUAACCACCAGAUAAACUCUGAUUUGGCACAACUGCUGUUACGACUAGAUUACAACAAAUACUACACACAGGCAGGAGGCACGCUGGGAAGUUUUGGGCUAUAAAGCGGCACCUGAAGAUUCGAGGCAAAAUUCAUACAUUGGUGCAUCUCAGCUUAU